AUGACAGAGGAGCAGCAGCUACCGGUCCGACCUGUGACGGCGGACGACGAGCAAGAGCCGACGACCGAGGAGGAAGCUGCGGCUGUUGAAGCAGUGGAGGAGACGACGACAGCGACGUCGUUGGCCCGAACAGCAGCAGUUGUCUUUCCUGCAUCAAAACCCCCAUCGCUUGGCCCGGUUUUAGGCAGCCUUGCUGAACUUCCCAAGCCGCCUAGAACGCCAUCGCCUGCGGAAAGGAAGGGAACAGAUUCCAUUGACAAGCGCUCAUCUCCAGAAGUAUCUUUCGACCCAGGAGGAACAAGCUUCAACCCCAUAGGCUACACCCGUCAUGCUGUCCCCAGUAAUAGUGGACCGAGUAGAGAGUUUCGUGUUGUGAGGGACAAUAGAGUCAAUGGAAAUACAAAUAGAGAACUGAUGUCUAAUAUUUCUGAAAGUUCAUCAUCCAAUGAGCAUGCUGUGAAGGGUUCAACUGCAAAUUCAAGCUCUCUGAAAGCGUCUGCUGAACUCGGUCCAUCUCAGGCUACUAAUGGGCAUACUGUUUCUCAUGGUGUUAGACACAAUAGAGAUGCUAACGGAGGAAGACCUAACAGUUCUCAAAACCAGUCUGCCACGGUUGUUGGUGUAUAUUCUUCUGCAACAGAUCCUGUCCAUGUUCCUUCGCCGGAUGCCAGACCAUCGGCUGCCGUUGGAGCUAUUAAACGUGAAGUUGGUGUGGUGGGAGGUCGCCGACAAACUUCUGGAAGUCCAAUUUCUGCAGUGGCCAAGGAUAGCCCUUUGUCAGAGCCAUUCCAACCCUUUCUUGCAAUCUCCAAGAAUGACCAAGUCAGUCAUCAAGCUAAUGCAAGUGAAGCUGUUGUGUCUGGUGUUACUGUUAGCAGAUCAUUCUUAGGUGGUCAGUAUAGCAGUAGACCUCAUCAACAAAGUGCAGGUCAUCAAAAGGCUUCUCAGCAUAAUAAAGAGUGGAAACCAAAAACAUUUCAGAAGGUUAGUGUCAAUGGGCCUGGAGUCAUCGGGACACCCACAAAAUCAAGUUCUCCUGUUGGUGAUAAUUCUAAGGGAUUGAAAACUGAUGCUGGUGAUUUGCCUCAUAAGCUUUCUCGGGUGAAAAUCAAUGAAAACCAGAAUGUGAUCAUUGCACAGCACAUUCGGGUGCCUGAUACUGACCGUUGCAGGCUUACCUUUGGAAGUUUUGGGGUUGAGCUUGAUUCUGCGAGGAAUUUCAGUUCUGGAUUUUCAACAGUUGGGGUCACAGAAGAAAAUAAAAGGGAAUCUACUACUAGUUUGACUGCAUCUGUUGCGGAGUCUACGGGUGAUGCUGCUUCUGGUACCAAGCAUGAUGAAGUAUCAGCUGAGAAAUUGAGACACUCUGGCUCUGUUUCUCCAGCUUCAGGCGGAGCAUCUGAGCCACAGUUACCUGAUAAAUCUCCAAGUCCUCCAAACUUGGAUAAUUAUGCUGAUAUCAGUUUGGUUCAAGAAACCAGUCCGUCGUAUGAUCACGCCGAGUCACACCAUCAGCAUCAAGAUCCUCCUGAAUUACAGAGCUUUCAAGGAACCGAAUCUGUAUGGGUCGUCGACAUGGGGUUUGAAGUUCUUGAUGGGUUGAUGCUCAAGGACGGGUUCUUGCACAAGAAAGAAGCAAAUAGUGGGCCCAUAGAAGUGAAGUUCGAAAAGUUGGACCAGCACAAGAAGGACAAGGCAAGAAGUUCAAUAUCAGAGUUGGAGCACGAUUGGAAGAAACGAAAGCGCAAGAAAUUCAAUAUCAGAGUGCGCGAGAAGGAAGAAAGAGUGGGUCAAGUGGUUCAACCUUGA